CCCACUAUCUCUGCCGCGGAUUGAAGGUCACACUCCCACCUCUUCUUCUUCUUUGGCAUCGGAGCGCUCGUUCGCUUCUUCAGAUUCUUGGGUAUUGACUCCUCCUUUGCGUCUUCGCUCGAGCUCUCUUUCGUUUUGGCGAUUAGAUGUGUCCUCCGUCGGACGGAUCUCGCUCUAGGGUUUCGGUUCAAACUGACCCAGUUUGCGUUGAAUCUUUUCGGGGUUGUUCCGCGAAGUAAAGGGUUGCUCCUCGAUCGCUCGUGAUUCGCGUUCUUUUGCCCGUUCGCGAGAUCUCUUAAGACAAAGAUAGCAGCCAACACGACUAGAAAUCUUGCAAGUGCCAUCACUGUUUAGCAGAAUGUGGCAUCACUACAUCUGGAACUGAGUUCUUCUUGAAUGCUUAUUACAAAACUAUAAUGUCUGGGCUGCUUAAUACAACCCUUAAUGGUUCAGCAUCAAAUAUCCCUGACUCAACGGGCCGACCCUACACGACAUCAUUUUCUGCUCAGUCGGCUUCAAAUCCUGGAUUUCAUCACUCUGGUGGUUUGCAAGGGCUGCAUAACAUCCAUGGAAGCUUCAACCUGCCAAACAUGCCAGGUUCACUUGCAUCAAGAAAUGCAGUAAUGGGUGGUGUUCCAUCAGGCAGUGUCCAGCAACCAGGCGGAAACAUUCCUAGUGGACGGUUUGCAUCAAACAAUCUUUUGGUUGCAUUGUCUCAGAUGUCUCAUGGUUCUGGUGUCACCAAUAGAGGGGGUAUCAAUGUUGUCGGAAAUCAUGCUUUUAGUAGUAGCAUGAAUGGAGUUGGCGGGUCAAUAACUGGUAUUUCCUCAAAUUCUGCUACCGGCAAUCGUAAUUCAGUUCCAGGCUUGGGAGUUUCUCCAGUUUUGGGUAAUGUAGGCCCAAGACUUACAAACUCUAUGGGAAACAUUGUUGGUGCUGGUAACAUGGGAAGAAACAUCAACUCUGGAGGAUUAUCCAUUCCUGGACUAGCUUCCCGUGUAAACUUAGCUUCCAAUAGUGGAUCAGGGAGCCUCAAUUUACAAGGGCCAAACAGACUGAUCAGUGGCAUGCUUCAACAGGCACCACAAAUGAUUGGUGUGCUUGGGAAUUCUUAUGCUACAUCAGGAGGAUCGUUAUCUCAGGGUCAAGGUGGGAGUAACCCACUAAGCUCUAUGGGAAUGCUGAAUGAUGUCAAUGCUGCUGACAGUUCUCCUUUUGAUAUGAAUGAUUUUCCUCAAUUAAGUACACGACCAAGUUCAGCUGGAGGACCACAAGGGCAACUCGGUGCAACACGGAAGCAAGGAGUUGGUGUUAGCUCCAUUGUCCAGCAAAAUCAGGAAUUUAGCAUACAAAAUGAAGAUUUUCCAGCUUUGCCUGGAUUGAAAGGCGGUAGCUCAGACUUUUCUGUGGACUUGCAUCAGAAAGAACAACUUCAUGAAAGUAUCUCUUCGAUGCAGUCACCACACUUACCUAUGGCACGAUCUGUUGGAUUUAGCUUAGGAGGAAGUUACCCACCUAACCGUCAGCAACAACAUGCUACUUCAGCAAGUAGUGGUGGGCUACCUUUUACACCUGGAAGCAAUCAAGAUCUUCGAUUAAAUGACACUGAGUUCUUUCCAUCUUCUCAUGUAACGUAUCACUCACAGAUUCAAAACAGUGGUUCUCCUGGCAUUGGGUUGAGACCCUUGAGCUCUCCAACAACAGCUUCUGGUAUAGGAGCAUAUGAGCAGCUCAUUCAGCAAUAUCAGCCUCCGCAAAGUCCAUCUCAUUUUCGACUACAAAUGUCUGAUGUUAGUCAGUUAUAUAGAGACCAGAGCUUAAAAUCCACUCAGGGGUCACAAGUAGCUCCUGAUCGGUUUGGCUUGCAGGGUUUGUUAAGUGUUAUUAGGAUGAAUGAUCCCGAUCUGACAUCUCUUGCACUGGGCAUUGAUUUAACUACAUUAGGGUUGAACUUAAACUCAUCGGAAAAUCUUCAUAAAACAUUUGGUUCGCCAUGGUCUGAUGACCCAGUCAAGGGAGAACCAGAAUAUUGCAUUCCAAGUUGUUAUUAUGCCAAACCACCACCCCUUCUACAUCAAGGGUAUUUUUCGAAACUUCAGGUGUCAACCCUCUUUUACAUCUUUUAUAGUAUGCCGAAGGAUGAAGCUCAGCUUUAUGCGGCUUCCGAACUAUGUGCACGAGGAUGGUUCUACCACAGAGAGCAUCAGUUGUGGUUCACAAGAGUUCCAAAUGUGGAACCUCUUGUUAAGACUCACGCAUAUGAAAGAGGGACCUAUGUUUGUUUUGAUCCUAACACAUGGGGAACAAUUCUGAAGGAGAACUUUGUUUUGCUUUAUGAGGCAGUGGAGAAGAAACCAAUGCUCCCCUCUGAUCGCCCUCAGCUAGCUUAAAAGUUUGUUCAUGUAGAACAUGUCUUGUCACUGUUAGAAUAAAUUGAUCAAUCUAUUCUUCAUUUUUCUUCA